UCUCGAGCCCCAGCCGCCAUGCUGAGCUGAGAGAGAGAGAGAGAGAGAGAGAGAGAGAGAGACCAACCAACCAACCAACCAACCAAACUUUCACGCUGUUGCUGCACCGACUCUCAUCUUCGUACACACAAGGACAAACAAGGAACACUUCCCCACGACUGGUGUUGUGACAUUUGCCCUGGGCCUCUCCCUCGACCAUUUCCAACUGCGUGAAGAAAAGUGAAAAGGAUUUUUAAUGAAUCAGUAUUCGCUAGCCGACGCCAUGACAGACAAAGGAAACUUUACAGUUCCGAAGUUAUCCGAGUCUAAUAUGGGAUUUGGCGUGCUGGGAGUGUUUCUGGGGCUGCUCCUAGAGGUCUCCACCCAUGGACCCCACGCUGUGCCUCGAACCUCUUGGAGACACCAAGAUUUAGAUCUGAUGGAGUUUUCAGAGCCUGCGAUCUUCAACUACUCCACGCUGUUGCUGAGUGAGAAAAGAGAUGCGCUGUAUGUGGGUGCCAGGGAGGCAAUCUUUGAGCUCAGCAAGAAGAAUGUGACGGUCAAACACAACAAGGUUCAGUGGACAGUUGCAGAAAAUCACAUGUUGAUGUGCACUCAAAAAGGAAAAUCAAGAGAGAGGGAUUGUCUAAACUACAUUCGAGUGCUCCAAGUCGUAGACGACGAGCAGCUGUAUGUCUGCGGCACGCACGCCUUUCAGCCUCAGUGUGACCACUUGAACCUCGCUGACUUUUCGUUGGGCGGUCGGCCUGAAGAUGGCCGGGGAAAGUGCUCUUUUGACCCGUCACAAAGCUUUACAACCGUCAUGGUUGAUGGAGAGCUGUACUCAGGGACAGCUUAUAACUUCUUAGGCAGUGAACCGAUUAUUUCCAGGUACUCUCCAUCCCAGUCCCUGCUGAGGACAGAGUACUCCACAUCAUGGCUCAAUGAGCCCAGUUUUGUGUUUGCUGAUGUGAUUAGUGAAGGGAGAAACAGAGUAGAUGGCGAGGACGAUAAAAUCUACUACUUCUUCACCGAGGUGUCAGUGGAGUAUGAAUUCUUUGGCAAGCUGCUCAUCCCCCGGGUGGCACGCGUCUGUAAGGGCGACCUCGGGGGGCAGCGCACUUUGCAGAAGAAAUGGACGUCCUUCCUGAAAGCCAAGCUGGUGUGCUCCAUGCCUGAGCUCAACUUUGUUUUCAACGUAGUACAUGAUGUCUUCAUCCUGAAGGGGGCAGACUGGAGGGACACAGUCAUCUACGGGGUCUUCACCUCCCAGUGGGGUAACGUGGGCCUGUCAGCAGUGUGCGCUUACAACAUGACAGCUGUGGAAGAAGUCUUUUCCAAGGGCAAGUACAUGCAGAAGGCCACAGUGGAGCAGUCCCACACCAAGUGGGUACGUUACAACGGCAUCACUCCUUCUCCACGUCCUGGAGCAUGUAUUAACAACCUGAUGCGACGGCAGAACAUCAGCAGCUCUCUCCACCUGCCAGACAAGACCCUUCAGUUUGUUAAGGACCACCCCCUGCUGGAGGACCCCGUCCUGCCCAUCGGCAACGGGCCUCGCCUCAUCACCAAAGACGUCAACUACACUCAGAUCGUUGUGGAGAGGGUCCGUGCACUCGAUGGGAACAUUUACGACGUCAUCUUCACUGGAACGGAUAAGGGAGUCUUGCACAAGUCAGUGGUGUAUGGAGGAGAAGUGCACAUUGUGGAGGAGAUCCAGCUCCUGAAGAACGCUGAGUCCAUCAAGAACCUGCUGCUGUCCUCUGAGACACGAUCCCUGUACGCUGGUUCAGACUCGGGUGUAGUCCAGUCACCCACAGCCUUCUGUGGCCGGUAUCUGUCCUGUGAGGACUGUGUCCUGGCUCGAGACCCAUACUGUGCCUGGGACCCUCACACUGCUGCCUGUGUCAAUAUCUUUGAUGCCCCCAGCCAACAGCUUAGGAAGCUAAUCCAGAGCCUGAAUGGUGACGCAGACAAGUGUCCUUCAGCGUCAGGUCUGUCUCUGAAGGACUACCAGAGUGUGACCGUGAAACCAGGGAGCUCUGCUGAGCUGCCAUGCCUGGUCCGCUCCAACCUAGCCCAGGUGAUGUGGAAAUCAAACGGCUCUGUGCUCACCGAGGCCUCACGCUUCCACCUCAUAGGCGAAAACGGCCUCCUUAUUUACAGCGUUGGUCCAGAGGAUCAAGGUCACUAUGAGUGCUGGUCAGUGGAAUGGGCCCUCGCUGCUGGGAAGAACUUUAGCCGCCUCCUGGCUGGAUAUGUCCUCACUCUGGACCUCCCGCCCAGAGCCCCGCACCAGGCAGGCCACGUGACCACCACCCUCGGCAGCCAGGAGACCUCUAGCACACGUGCAGCUGAAGGUAACGCCUCCUCUCCUGCCGACACUUCAUCUUCCCUGUCCUCCUCUGGAAGUAGUACUCCCUCUGCCCUUCCUUCCUCCUCCUCUUCCUCCUUCUAUUCUUCCACUUCUUCCUCCACCAAGCCCCACAGUGUGGAGGCCCGGGAGGCAGAGGUGAGACUGUUGCCUCCCCUGCUGAAGGACCAGGCCUGGGGGGUUCAUGCCCAGGAGGCCUUCCUGCUCUUCUGCCUGGCCUUGGGUCCCAGUGAUGUCCACAUUCACUGGCUAAUAAAUGGGCACAGUCUGGACACCCCCAUAAUGGAGUACCGCCGGCCAUUGGGUCAGAGGAAGGUACUAGUGAGCAGCUGGCUCCGGGAGGGGCCGCUGAUCAAGGACGCACGUUACAACUGUGUCGCUGAGGCCAGCACGGGAAAUGACGUGUCUGAGGUGGACCUCCGCCUCACUAUUGGAGAUGAGGAGAGCAUUCCAUCCAGGGAUUUGAACCAAUGGAGAGGUGCACUCACAGAGCAUGAGCAACUGUUAAAAAGAUGGGAAAAGGCCUGGGAAAGCUGUGAUGGCCACUGAGCUCUGUGAAGACUUCAUGGGCUUCACUUGCGUUGGCUGUAUCUGGUUGUGAACGUGGUCCUCAGCCCAGGUGGACCUCACCUUUUGACACUGAAACAUAAACAGAUGGUUAUACAAUGUCUCAGUGUCAUAUCUUAUGUAGGAAUUUGAUGGAGCGUGCAGCAGAGAUUUCACAACCCCUGGCGUGUGCAGGGGGCUCACCUGGCUGUGAUGAUGGUGUUGGGGGACUGACGACGAGAUUGAAGGUCUGAGGACGUGCUGCCUUUCUUCCAAAUAUGCAUUUAUUUCUAUUUUCCCUGAUGCAAAUGAACAUCCUUGAAGCAGUGCUUGUAUGGAACAAUAACGCUGAUGGUAUAUGAGGAGCACUGAUCUGUAUUUAUUGGUGCAGCCAAGGGCGGUACUCUGGGUUCAACAUUAGGGGGAUUGAGAGUUCCACUUUUGAGCAAGAUUGAAAUUUUAAUGUCAAACACUUCAUAUUCUGGUGAUUUUUUUUUCUGCAACAGUUUGUGCCCUUUCUGCAUCUAUUUAUGGUGCAAAUGUCUUUAUGUAAAGGAAAUUAUAAUAGAUUUUUGGGGUGGGUUGCACUGGCCAGAGAUGUUUACACCUUCACCGCCUUCCAAAGCCCCGAGCUGUCCUUCAAAGCUACCAUGCUGUUUGACAUUUUCACUUGAGAUUAUAUACAGCGUCUUUAAUUUUUAUUGGGCAUUUUUUCUUUCCGGAGAUUCAAAUAUUCAGCUUAUUCACAGGAUUUUGAUUACAGAAAUGGAGCAUGUUACUGUGGGACGUAGGAUUCUUUUCAAUCACAGUGUACCUCUGAUUGGUGAAAUUCAGAUAAAACCUAGCAUUCAAAAUGCCAUACUUGGCAUAGGUUGAUUUGUUAGUCUGUAUCUUACUGCUAUUGUCUGCAGUUAGUUUAUCUUCACAUUAAAACUGUGACUACCCAUUUGCCUCUGAAGCAGAAAUAAAGUGAGUUUGUUAUAUCUGUUGCUUA